UACGCAUGCGCCGCUAUGUGUGCGCGGCGGUUGCAACAAUGGAGGCGGACGUUCGUAGAUAUGACUGGGCUCAGUUUGAGAAAUGCCGAUUCCAUUAAAAUCUCCCAUUUGUGCGUCAUUAAAUUAUAACAGGCUAUAAUAACAUCAGGUGCAGUGACAACGACACGGGCUUUUCACGCUCACUUGAGGGGCGCUUAGUGCUUCUGUUCGGGGCUCUUUUGGCUGCGGGAGCUCCUCCAAUGGUGCUGAUAUUUUUCUCCUUUUGUUACUGAUAGCGUCUUAAGAAAAUGUCUGAGGUCAGCAUCAUGAAGCGCAAGGAAAAGUGCGAAAACUGCACCAAGCAGUGUAACAAGAAACGGAGCGAUGAUGAUGAUGUUAGCUCACAUCAGGAGAGAGAUCAAGUCAAUGGGCAGGAAGGUGAAAGAUCCCGGUUGCUCCUCAGUGCUUGUUUGUCCUGCGAUGGCUGUAUGUCCGAGGAGGAGAGCCAUAAGAUCUCUCAACAGAACUUGGAGGAGGUGGAGCAGGUUUUUGCUCUCAAUAAGAAGUGUGACGUGACGAAGCAUAAAGUGCUGGUGGCAUCAGUGUGUCCACAAUCGCUGCCUUUUUUUGCCGUAAAGUUUGACCUGGACAUCGCAGAGGCUGCCAAUAAACUUUGUGGAUUUCUCAAAAGCCUUGGGGUGCAGUUUGUGUUUGAUACCACACUGGCAGCAGGUUUCAGCAUAAUAGAGAGUCAAAAGGAGUUCGUUCAGAGGUACCGCAGGAGACACCAUGACUCUCAUGCCUUGCCCAUGUUCACCUCCUCCUGUCCAGGCUGGAUCCGCUAUUCAGAGUGUAUCCUUGGAAGUCUGGUCACCCCCCACAUCUGCACAGCAAGGUCUCCGCAGCAGAUUAUGGGCUGUCUUGUCAAAGACUACUUCUCUAAACAGCGGAAGCUGAAUGCUGACAAAGUUUACCAUAUUGUGGUGGCUCCCUGCUUUGACAAAAAACUGGAAGCUGUCAGGGAAGAGUUUUACAACAGUCUACUGGAGAGCAGAGAUGUGGACUGUGUCCUGACCUCAGGGGAGAUCUACCACCUGAUGCAACAGAAGAAAGUCUCUUUGGAGGAGCUGGACUCUGUUCCGUUGGACCAUGUGCUGGGUGAAAGUGGAGAUGUGCCGCUGGUUCGACAUGAAGGCCGCAGUUCUGAUGGUUUUCUGGAACAUGUGUUCAAGCAUGCUGCCAAAGAGCUGUUUGGGCUGGAUGUCUACAAUGUCACAUAUAAAGCUCUUAGAAACCGUGAUUUCCAGGAGGUGACGCUAGAGCGAGAUGGAGAAAUACUGCUGCAGUUUGCUGCAGUCUACGGUUUCAAGAACAUCCAGACCUUGGUGCACCGCAUGCGGAAAGGACGGGUGCCUUACCAGCUGGUGGAAGUCUUGUCCUGCCCAGGGGGGUGCUUGAGCGGCCGUGGUCAAGCAGAGAGUGAGUCAGUGGGCCGGGUGGAUAAAAACCUGGUCCGGCAGAUGGAGGAGGUCUACAGCAGCUUGUCAGUCAGUCUUCCAGAAGUCAACCACACCUUGCAAACACUUUAUCAAGACUGGCUUCAGGGCCAGGAGUCACAGCAAGCUGGAAAGCUGCUGCACACCAAGUAUAAGAGUCAGAGUCCGACCUCCUUACAGCCCCCACACAUGCAGUGGUGAGGAUAAAAGAGCAAUGAUUUAGUUUUACAACUUAAAUGAGGGUACAUCUUUUUUUUGCUUGGGAAUUCGCUUGAACUUCUUCACAAAUUAUUUUGAUACGUUAAGGACCUGUCAGUACAUUUGAAUUGAUCAGGGUUCUUGAAUUGAUGGGCAGAAAUAAUACUUUUGUGUAGACAAGGUCACAAAUGUGAUGUGAUUUAUUGUGGCCAAAACACCAAACAAUUAGCCAACUAAGAAUAGUUUCUUUGAACAUACAUAUUUUUUUCAAAAGUAAUCUACAUUGAACGCACACAUCAACAGUGUCACAAUGAUAAGUAUGCAACAUAAUCAUCCUGAUGUCUCAUCAAACAAUGGAAAAAAUGUGAGUUUUAAGUGAUUGACAUGAUCAGUAUUUUUUUGUAAUGGUACAAGCCUUGGCAGCUUGAUGUACUAGUUGUUACCUCAUAAUAAGGAUUCUGUUCUCAAAUCUCUGUUAGUUCGGAGCAUCUCUGUGUGGAUGAUUGGUAAUGUGUAUGUGCCCUGUGAUUAACCGUCGACCAUGCAGUCAAGGGCGAACCCUGCCUCUUUCUUAAAGUCUGGCGGGGUCGGCUCCAGCACAACUGCGACCCAAAUGAGGACAGAGCACAACAAACCAAGGCAACAUUUUUGUUUUAAUUUAUGUUUACCGAUAAGUGUUCUGUCUUUUAUAAGAUCAAUACAUGCUGAUGACUAAAAAUGUCGGACAAAUGAAA